ACUUUCCAAUAUGAUGAUAUUAAUAGCAGCCCUUGCAACUGUUUGCCAAGCAGCGCAAUUUGAAAUUACUAAUCACGCAGGAGGACCCGUUUGGAUAGGUAUCCAAGGGAAUACUGGCAAGCCAGCUCUAGACAACGGAGGUUUCGCCUUAAACACUGGCCAGACGCGCACUGUUCAGUCACCUGACGACUGGGACGGUCGUUUCUGGGCUAGGACCUGGUGCGACCCCAACAACAACCACUGCCUCACCGGUGAUUGCGGAAACAAACUGGAAUGUGCCGGUAGCGGUGGUGUCCCACCAGCUACUCUGGCUGAAAUUAAGCUCAAAGGAUAUGGUGGUCUCGACACCUACGACAUCUCCUUGGUUGAUGGAUUUAAUAUUAUGGCAUCUAUGGAACCGGUGGGAGGGCAAGCUGACGGUAGUGCUCACAGCUGCAAGAGGACCGCCUGCACCACGGACAUUAAUCAGAUUUGUCCAAAUGAACUGAAGGUGACUAGUGAGCAUGGAGUUGUUGCUUGCAAAAACGAUAAAAGCCAUGCCGAUUUCUAUAAGAAAGCCUGCCCAGACGCCUAUAGCUUUGAUUCCGACGACCCGUCGAGCACCUUCACCUGUAAGGCUAGUAAAUAUAAGAUCAGUUUUGGAUGUAAUCCAUAUUCCAUCAAAAUGUUCAAACUUGUGGUAGUGGCUGCUGUCUUGGCGACUGUUUAUGCUGUCGAGUUCGAAUUUAAGAACUUGGAAAUCGGCGACGUCUGGGUCGGUAUUCAGGGAAAUAGUGGUAAAGAAGCUUUGGAAGGAGGCGGCUUCGUCCUAGCCCCUUAUGCAUCGCGCGUCGUAUCAGCUCCUGAAGACUGGGCUGGCCGUUUUUGGCCAAGGACCUGGUGCGACGCCGGCAGCAACCAUUGCUUGACCGGCGACUGUGGAGACAGACUUCAAUGCGGAGGUAACGGCGGUGCCCCACCAGCUUCCUUGGCUGAAAUUACGCUGAAAGGAGCCGAUGGUCUCGAUUUCUACGACAUCUCCCUGGUAGAUGGUUUCAACCUUGCAAUAUCUUUCGAGCCUGUCAAUGGACAAGGUGACGGUGGCCAAUACAGUUGCAAGAAAGCUAGCUGCGCUCGCCAUCUCAAUGACGACUGUCCCGAUGCUCUGAAGCUGAACACCGACAGCGGCGUCGUCGGCUGCAAAUCCGCUUGUUUGGCCUUCAACACCGAUCAGUACUGUUGUCGCAACGCAUAUGGAACUCCCGACACCUGCAAAUCCUCCGAAUGGCCGGUAGACUAUCCCUCUUUCUUCAAGAACGCUUGUCCGGAUGCCUACAGCUACGCUUACGAUGACCACAAGAGCACCUUCACUUGUAAGGCCGAAAAAUACAUCAUCACCUUCGGUAUCUAAGAUUUUCAGUUCAUUCUUAUGUAAUAAUUAUAACCGUAAUUUGAAUUGUAUUGUAUUAACGUAUGUAAUUAUUUAAACCUAUCAAAUUCAACAGUGUACACUGUUUUACUAGUUUUUAAUUCAAAAUAAAGUAACAACUAACUCUUCUUUGAUUAAUAAAAGUAGUAGCUGUAUAAUCCUUACACACGAGCAAUAUAUUAGUUAAUAAAGAGUAAACGUUCA